UGAAUUGGUAAUCUCCGGUUUGCCUCAUGGCGGAAGGUGGAACUUCCUGCUCUGACCGGGGCACAAGGAAGGUGUGUGUCGGAAAACUACCAGAUGGUUGAUUCGUCGUGAGCUGACGGGGCGGGGGGAAGCACGUCGGUAAGCGGUUGCCGUAGAGCGGAGGCGGAGCAGCUCGGCCGGAAAGAGAGACGCCAGAGUGACUGGCUUGGUUUAGCUGACCGGCAGGCAGGGAUGGAAGCGGAGAAGAUGGACGAGAAUGAAUGGCGUUACCACGGCGAAGGCAACAAGAGCCUCGUCGUCUCGCACAGGAAGCGUUGCAUAGUACUGCGUUUCUUGAAGUUUCCCCCAAACCGAAACAAGACACCAGAAGAGAUCUUUCACCAGCUUCAGAAUAUAGUACACUUUGGCAAGCACAUUAUGAAGCAGUUUUUUGGGGAGAAGUAUGUUCAUUAUGGGGAGGUUGUGCAUCUAUCUUUGGACUUUGUAAGACAGCUUUGUUUAAAGAUCCAGUCAGAGCGCCCAGAGUCUCGCUGUGAUAAAGACAUGGAUGCUCUUAGUGGAUAUGCUAUGUGCCUUCCUAACCUCACCAGGCUACAUUUUGCAGAACAUCGACCAAUACUUUGUGUAGAGAUAAAACCCAAAUGUGGGUUCCUUCCAUUCUCCAGUCAUGUUUCACAAGAGAUAAAACACAAAGUAUGUCGUUACUGCAUGCAUCAGCAUCUAAAGGUAGCAAAAGGAAAGUGGAAGCGGCCUAGCAAAUACUGUCCACUUGAUCUCUUCUCAGGAAAUAAACAGCGAAUGCACUUUGCCUUGAGAAGCCUGUUACAAGAGGCUCAGAAUAAUUUAAAAAUAUUUAAGAAUGGUGAGCUAAUUUAUGGCUGUAAAGAUGACUCGCUUUCUGACCUGAAUGAACUUGCUCGUCUCCUGAAGCCUUUCUUCUUUCCUUCAAAUGGCUUGGUCAGUGGGCCACAUUGUACAAGGACAAUUCUGAAAGAAUUAAUCCAUGUAAUCACAAUGACUCUGUUGAGUAGUAUAGAUGAUUGCAAAGCAGGGGAUAUGAAGACAGUUCCUACCUCACAAGGAAGGAGUUAUUGUGAAGCCAGUUCUUUCACUAAAGAGCUUAUAAGAAAUGGUAAAAAUAAAAUGGAGACCUCUGGUUUGCCAAGGGAUUGCCUGCUCUACAAAACGCUUCAGUUGCAGAUGUUGGAUUUGCUGGACAUUGAGGGCAUUUAUCCGUUGUACAACAGAGUAGAACAGUACUUGGAAGAGUUUCCUGAAGAGAGGAGCGGAUUACAGAUAGAUGGGCCUUAUAAUGAAUCAUUCUAUGAAAAGCUGCUAGACCUCUCAAUAGAAGAUGAUGGAACAGUAGAAUAUGCAUUGAGAAAGGUUCAACAGUACAGAGUUGCAAUGACCGCAAAGGACUGUUCCAUUAUGAUUGCUCUUUCACCUUGUCUACAGGAUGAAUGUUCUGAGCAGAGACUGAUGGUUCCAACAUCGAAAUCAAGAUUCACCUUUUCACUCUCCGUUUUGGAUUUAGAUCUUAAGCCAUAUGAAAGCAUUCACCAUCAGUACAGAUUGGAUGGGAAGAUAGUAAAUUAUUAUUUGAAAAACACACAGACCAAAGAUGACUCUGUGAUGUCCAGUCUCUUGAAGGAGAAUGAAAACUGCACACUAGUUCUCCACAAAAUGUAACUGUCUAAUUUCAUUUAGCACAGAGAGGAAGGAUUAAGUUACAUUGGUUUUGUUUUGGUUUCAUUUGUGCUUUAAACUUGUAUGCCUUUCAGAAACACAGAAUACCACUAAAUCCACCUUUUCAAUAUGUAACCUUGAAGGAAUGCAUUCAUCAUGAAACAAGAUGUGUGCCAUACCCUACAUCCACUGAUACUGGGGGAGCAGUGAUGGUUUAACUAAAUGACAACUAUAAAGCACAGAGGUGAAUGCUUUCUACUUGCAAAUUCAGUGUAGGGAGCCAGAGUUUCUGGGAGACAUGCUGCUGCUGCUUUAUCUCUGAACAGCUGUAUGUGAGUGGACAUGAGGUGCUGCCUAUGCUGCAGCUGGCACAUUAGCAAAAAUAUUUUUCAUUGGCUUGUGAGAAAACUACCCUCUAGAAAGCAACCAAACUGAUGGCAGUGGUGGCUGGUCUGGAAAGUGAUUGCAAAUACCCUUACAAAACAAGAGACCAUUUAUUUAUGAGUAUGGAGGAAAGUGAUCUUGAUUUCAUUACUUAGAGAAAUCAGCUAAAUCUUAGCUCUUAUACAAUAGAUGUUGCUGUUAAAAUUUCAGCAAGUUUGCUAACUAAGCCACCCUAGAACUUUUGAGUGUUUUUUAAAUCCCCCCAAAAUAUGCACUUCUCACUGACGUACCAUCCCAGUAUAGCAAGUCUUUACUGUAAAUGCUGGCUUUUAAUCUUUCUGAGUGAUAGGCUUGUUCUUCCUCUAUUUGUAGUUCCCUUAAAGAUUUCUUUUAGGCAUUAAAAACCUCUGGGAACCUCAGUUGUAGUCAAGCAUAACAUGGAGUAAGCUCUGUGUAUUGAAACUUACCUCUUCUUAAAUAGGCACUAAGGGAUGUGUUUCUAUAGAAGUACCUGUGUAUAACUUAUAACCACCCUUUGCCAUAUCUUGUGUACCACAAUAGGAAAACAUGCCUCAGGUUUGGCACAGUGUAGGGUGCAUUUGCUAAGCUUCUUUCUGCACUAGGUGGAGAGUCCUUGCUGCUGUACAGUGACAGGAGGCUGUGCUUGUGGUGCCUGUAGGAAUGUUUCUGUUCUGCUGAAUCUUUGAAAUUCCAUUAUUGUGGAAUAGGAAAACCUAUUGUCUGGCAAGUAGGUGAGAGACUCUAUCAUGGGGCAACUUCAGAUUUAAAGCUGCUACAGCCAGUCAGAUCAAGAACAAUCCAGAUUAAGCAUCUGUUUCAGACUCAGUCUUUAGUGGCAGAUGUGUUAUAAAGUUUUCAUGUCAACAUGGAUCUGACUUUCCUCCAUAUCUGUCUCUGUCCACAUAUAUAUUUCCUGGACAUCCAGAAGCUGCUACAGUAAUGUGAAAUAUAGUGGCAAUUCAGAAUGUAGGUCAUUUUAACACCUUUCAUAAUAGUAUAUUUAAUAAUAUUUUGUGGCUCCCCCAUCAGUUCUCAUAUGUUGUCUUAUUUUGCUUCUUGUCCCAUUUAAUUAUAAAAACUGAUUGAAGGGACUGUAGAUCUGAAUUGACUAGCUGUCAAAUAGCCUAAAUGCAGUUUAGGGGACAUCUCUGAAAUACAACUGCAGGAUUGGGUUGAAGCCAGUAAACCAUCACUUAUCUAUUGGUAGGCUAAUUCCAUUUAUUAGCUAUCUAUGAGAAUAGCCAUAGUAUUCAGAGGCUAUAUUAUUUGAGUAAGGCUGUGUCUUAAUCUGUAAAGCUUGUUUGAGAAGACUGCCUGUCCUGUCUUUCCCUUAGUCAGACAGAACAAGGAAAUGAAAUAUUUGGGUGCUGUGCAUAAUGACAGUGCUGUGCACUAAAUUCAUAUUCCAGAUGAAAAACAUAGAUGGUCAGAAGUAGGGCAAACUUUACGUAUAAUCAUCUUAGGAUAGAGCGCUAAGUGAGUUAAUAUGCUAUUUUUAGGGUGCAAGUGUUUGAAAAACACAGUUUGCUUAAUGCAGUGAUUACUGUAGCACUUUAAAGAGCAAUGGGAAACAUGACAUGGCUACAUAGGAGCUAAAUUUGUGAAAUAAGGAUUACCUAGCAGAUCUGAGCCUGGAGACGAGGGUAGAGCAUUUGGGGGAGGGGUCAGUGCUUUGGCUAGCUGUCUUUUAUGGACAGUUCUCCUGAGACAAAACACACUGCAUUCUGUACAUUGUACCUUUUAUGUUUAUUGAUCCACUGUAAAAUUGCAAUUGUUUUUUAAAAGAGGUAUGUUAAACACAUAGUAUUUGCCUUCAAUCACAGGCCAUGGGAGAAGGUAUAGUUGUGCUACUGUGUUGGAUCACUUAUUAUUUUAACCUUGAUUUCAUUAGAAACUUGUGAUUUGCAGUAUCACUGUCUUUCAAAAAAUCACUGUUACAUACACAGCUGUGAACUGAAACUGCCACUUUUAUAGACUUGAAUUUAUCAGGUAGAUUUUAAGAGGUUCCAGGAAAUACUAUGGACAGGAAGAAAACCACUUUGGUACAUUGAUUCAGAGAUAAAUUUUUGACUGAAACUCACUCGACUUCUAUCUAUUUUAUUUGGCAUUUUGUAUUUAAAAGGCUGUAUUUAUUUGUCAUGACAAUUUAUAUAUAAAUGUGCCAUAAUUGUACAGAUAGCAUGUUUUAUGGGUAUGGUUUCUAAAUGGAAAAUAACUUAAUGUUUAUAUUCAAUAAAACUAUAGAUGCAUAA